AUAGAAUAAAACUUCCACCACCACCUCAUUCCUCAAGCCACAUAUAAGUAUAAGGGUCUUGUCAUUAUUCCAAUACCAAAAAACUGAGAGAAUGAGUCAACCAAAGGAUCAUUCAGCGAGAAAGGUAGCAUUCUCAUGGGAAAAUAAGCCUGGUGUCUCCAAAGUAACAAGUACUCCUCUUGCUGAAACUCUCAUCCCAAAAGAGCAAGAGCUUUUGGCCAAGCUGCCACCCCCUCCUUUUACACCAGAAGAAGCCACUCACAAAAACCAUGUUCAUAAUUUCCAAAUUCCACUUCCUCCUUGUGCUUUUCAGCCUCCUUUUUACAGAACUUCCUCCAAAAGGGGUCUCUGGGUUCAGGACAAAGACCCUUUUCUAGCAGCUUUCAAAGAGUGCACCAAGAAUCAGAAAAGUGCCAAGGUGAAUAAAAAGUUUAUCAAAGAUGGAAUCCAGUCAAGGGUAAGGAAGAGCAUGUCCUUUUUCUCAUGUACCAGAUCUUGCACUGUUCAUGACACCAAUUUGCUCAGGAUCUCUCACCUAGAUGAUGAUUGAUAUGUUGUAACUUCUUCAUCUGUUGUUCUAUUCGGGUGAUUCCUGCACAACUUACUAGUCAAGGUAUAGUAUAAUAGAUGUAUGAAGAAUAAUCAAAGUGACAAUAUUUCUGUUGCUGUUAUGUAUGCUUUCUGUAUGGUUUUUUGCUGAAUCUUAUGCUAUCGAUAGCUAUUGUUGACUGGAAAAUCAAAGGCAGUAGUAAAUGUAUGACUUUGCAAAUAGGCUAGUUAUUUCUAAAUACUACCUUAUUUUAAAAAUUUAUUUAUGAAACUUGUUUAGGUGUAGUUGAUAACCUGCUAUGGCUUAUUUUACAGUUCAUGUAAUUUUGCUUUUAUCUGUGUAGGAAUUGAACAGGUUAGAGAACUUCAUAUUGGGCUAGUUUUAAUUUAUGAGAGAUGUUAUGUUAA